AUGGGUGAUGAUAGUUAUACCAACCAACUGAAGAGAGGCAGUUUGAAAGCCCCACUGCGAGGUGAGAGCAAGGGCGGUUUCUGCAAAAUUGGGAGCGCAUUACCACAGAAGCUAUCACCCGAACCCACGCCUGAGCCGGAAACUCAGGUACUUGCCCCUCGUAAUGACAUCCAAGAGGCAAUGCACCAGAAUGCGAGAGACAUGUCUAAUGUACGUGGCGGGGCCGGCAACGACAACUGGUGUCUUGAGAAGGGAAGGAAUUGCGGCCCAGCUCCGACCCGUUGCUGUAAGGGAUUGAAGUGUGAACGGACUGGAGAGCCCGAUGGCUUCACCUGGCUAGAGUGUAAGCCAGCGUAA